AUGAUGAGAUCAUCGACAGCACGAAGCGGGUCCCAGUCGACGGAUGACCGCCGAUCGGUGGUCUCCGGAAACUCGAGCACGGCUUCCACUCUGAUCGCCGACAGUCUCGCCUCGGGAAAGACUGCCACGUCGCAACUCAGAAAGUAUACUUUUAUACUGAAUUUAAAACGAGUCAAUAGUGAAAAUCGUCAACUUCAGAUUCACAGCAGGCGUCGGAAGGCCCGGUUUGGCACGGGAAGCCCGCGACGCGGUCAGGGCAGCACUUGUCGCUCAGAAUCCAUUGGUUCGCCCGAUUCCAUAACAAAAAACGGAAAAUGUAAAUUUUCAGAGAAAAGCACCAAUCAGCGAGCCUGUGGACUAUGAAAAAUUUAUAAAUGAGCGAAGUAUUCAGCUGGAAAACGAUGCGCAACGCGAAAUCGUCCUAUUUCCCAGAGAUGACAUCGAAGUGAGCAUUUUCGCGGAAAAAUGCAGUGAUUCUACGAUCGAAAUAUUCGACAAUCUAUGCGAAAACGAGACUCUCUUUCUGGAAAUGCAGAAAACCAAAAUUUUUGAACGAAUUCCAAGCCAAAAAGCAUUAAGAUCUAUUUAAAUUUUAGCCAGAACUGUAAAAUAUAGCAGAAUCGAUGAAGAAUUACUGAAAAAUCCGCAAAAGCCGCCUAAUUUCAAAUUUACAGGAAUCAUCGAUGCAACAAGAAUCGGAAACGUCCGUUCCAAUGGUAAAACCGACGGAUAUCAAGCAGGCGAAGUGGCUGCUCACCCGCGAAGCCCUCCGAUUCUACACCUCGCCGCACAGAUCCAUCAUCUUCAACUACUCCAAAUUCUCCGGCGACUAUUCGGCGAACAACACCUCGUCAGCCAUCGAAAACGAGACGCUCUCCUCGUUGGUUUUCGAGAGUGACAUGGCUCUGGAAGACGAGCGGGCGGCGUUCGGAAUGGUUCUCGGAACAGUCGGAAUCGUAAAAGAAGGCCAUUUGAACGUGAUCAAAUCCGAUCCGACGCUCUUCGACAACCUCAAAUCGUCGUCGAAAAAGCGAUUCUGUGUGCUGCGUCGGCUGGAGGGCGGCGAGUGCACUUUCGAGAUCCGCAAGACGGCCGGAGAGGCGCCGAAGCAGGCGCCGUUGAAAGUGGGCGGUGCGCAGAUAAAAUCGACGAAAAAAGGCAAAACUGUUCUGGAAAUCGAGGCGAGAGGCACCGAGGAGAAGUCGAUUCUGUUGGAGUGCGAGGACACGUCGCAACUGGAGGAGUGGCUCGUCGCACUGCAAACCGCCAUCGCUUUUGCCAACAAAGGCACGGUUUUUUAAAGGGUUUUCUGGCUAAAAUCUACAAAAUUUGGGGAAAUUCAUUCAAAUUUGUGCUCGAAAACAGUAGUUGUGGGCCACUCGAACGGCUUCACCAGCUUCCAAUACAUUUUUGAUGAAAAUCUGAAAAUCAAUCAUUUCGCAAUUUUCCAGAAGACGCUCUUUCGAUCUGCUCGGACCUUGACAAAGCGUCCAAGUCGUCAGAAGCCGUAACUUCCACGUCAACGACCAGAGCAACAGCUCCGGACACGGAAAGCAUUGGCUCGGAGGACAGCUCCAAUUGUAUGUCUUUACACAUUCACAAUUUCUGGAAUUCCUUCAAUUUUCAGCGCGAACGAGUGAAAUGCAGCCGUGGAGAGGCCGCAACUCGGCCGCCCGUGCCCUUCAGCCUCCGAUAGUCGAGCGUCGCAACAUGUUCUCGCUCUACUAUCGGCUUCAACCACUUCCACACGCCAACUACGACACCUCGACCAUUCUUCCGUCGUCUUCGGGCCGCAAAAGUGGCUCCAGAAGUCCGCCCGAUACAAUUACCCCCGCGAAAAUGCGGAAAACGUCGUCUCUCAAGCGCUCGGGACCUUCUGUCAGCAUCCAAUUGCCGCCCGGACUGCCCUCCUCCAGUCCCUUACUCAUUUCCAUCGACUUUCACGCACUCACUCUCCGCCUGCCGACACCUUCCGGAAUUCUCCAGCAAAUCGAGCCGUUCUACGUUCGACUUUUUGUGUUCGACGCGAUGGAGGCGCGAAGAGUGUGCGAAGAGUUUCAGAUUUUGGUAAACGGAGAGGAAUUGCACGUCUCCGAGCCGGUUUUCGACGCUUCGAUCAAAGUGAACGGCAUCCGGAGAAGUCUGCUCGUCGAUCGAUCCGCAGCGAAAGCGCUCGUGCAAUUGCCGGUCGCUCACAGGGACUUGUGGCUCGUUUGCCGUGUGGAUCGGGUUCUUUCGGCGGACACAUCUGCCGAUUUGUACAUGAAGUACGGUUUUACUGAAUAGAAGAUUUUUGUGAAAACUUAGACACACACUCUAGACAUACUUUAAGCUCUAUCAAGUUCCAGAUCGGCAAAUGACCCGAAAGCAGUGACAAAACUGCAGAAGACGAUUGCAAUGUCGAUGACACGACUCGCGGGACACCGCCAACGAUUCGCGUGGACCGCCAAACCGAUCUUUCCGGAGCUGCGGAACGAGGGCGGCUCCUCCGCGAGCAGCACACUCACCAACUCCACGUCCACGUCGUCCGCGGCCUCCGGAGCCUGGUCCCGAUCGGGCGCCGACGCUCUUCAGCUGUUUAGAUGCGAACCCAAUCGAUUCGGCGACACUGAUUUGCAAAAGUGUUUGCUGGAGUUUAAUAAGAUUGAGAAACACAGCAAGAUGUGCGUGCCGAACGGAUCGGUCAGUGUUUCGGUGAACACACGCGCAACUGUCAUUGAUUAUUUGAGUUAGUUUUGCGGAUUUCCAUAACUUUUUUCCCCAAUUUGUCCAUCUUUAGGUCGUGUAAACCCGUCGCUCUACCCGCUGAACCCCUGGAAGCCGGAAGAAGCCAAGACUCCACCCACUUUCCAACUUCAAACAUUCGGAGACCAACCCAGCCAGCCACACACUUCUCUCACGAAUCUAUUGUACAUUUACCCGCUGGGACUGAAGUAACUCCCCGAUAUUUCUGUUCGAGACCCCAAUUUUUUCCCUUUAGAUAUGAUUCGCAAAAGGCGUUCUCGAAAGCCCGUAACAUUUCCUGUACCGUGCGUUUCGUGCGCGGCGAAGAGGCGAUACCGGAGAAGGCGAUGGUGGAUCGGAUGUCGGCGGCCGGACCGUACACGAUCUCGGCCACGUGCGCCGUCCAACAUCAUCAGCAGAAUCCGGUGUUUGGCGACGAGAUGAAAGCGCAAUUGCCGCUGAAUUUGACGACCUCCGAUCACCUCCUCUUCUCGUUUUCGCACAUUUCGGUGGCCGGAAACACGAGCGUCAAAACGCCCGAAUCGACAGAAACGCCCAUCGGGUACGCGUGGCUUCCGCUCGUCUGGAAGAAGGAUCGACUCGUGCUGGAGAGCGACGAGCAGGAAUUCGCACUUCCAGUCGCCAUCGAUCUGCCCACGCAUUAUUAUCGCUCGAAACCAACGAUCAUGGGCAAAGGGGUAUGCUGAAUUUGAGAGAAAAAUAGGGGGAAAAAAGUGAUUACAGGAAGAAUCCUCGUCAGAAGUGCGAUGGGUCGACCAAAAGCCGCUGUUCCGAGUGCGUCUCCGCCUCGUCUCGUCGGUUUUCACGACGGACGCCAAGCUUCAGACGUUCUUCCAGGCGUGCGAUCGUCUCUCCGCUAAAGGAAUCAUGGGCGACGCGGCCGAUAGUCUCAAGGUAAUCGGACACACCUUUUGUUACUUUUCUAACAUUAAAUGUCGACUGUUUCUCUUUCUCCGCCCCUCUUCUCGGUUUCAUCUCACUUAACCGCAGAGAAUGGUCAAGUCGAAAUCGUCGUCGCCGCCCGAAAAUGAGCCCUUGAUGAGUGGACAUCCUCGCUCGUGCUCGCCGAUCGCCGACUCGAUGCAUCGAUCGAUGUCGUUGGACGAGGAUCCCCACAUGAAACACCUCCUUCAGAGCAUUCGUGUACGUCCUGCCUAUCCCUGUUUCUCGUCUAACUGACAUCCUAACAUUUUUGAACCCAACUAAACCGACAAAGCUGCUAAACUCGCCUUUUUUUGGUAAAGUCGGAAAUGUCCAGAAGCUGUCUCCAGAUUGCUGCCCCCUUAAGGACAUUCCAGCAAUCUGAACAUUUCCGAAUCCCACUUCUCCUUCAACUUUCUCCACAAACGCCACCGAUUCCAGUUGCUGUCGGACGUGCCGUUCGAUCGUCUGCUCGUCUACCUUCCGAUUGUGCUCGGUCGCCUGUUCGCCAUCCUCCCCCAAGCACCCACCGAUCAGCUAGCGAUGGCCACCAUCAGGUGCAUCUCCUUCCCGUUUCUUCUGCUGACGAUUACUGUAUCUUCUUUCAGAUCGAUAAUCUCGAUUUGCGACAUGUGCUGUCAGAACGGGAAGCCGCAAGUGGUUCGCCGCUUUGUCAAGUAUCACUUUUCCGAUGCGUCCCGCGAACAAUUCGUCUCGCACGACGCCACAAUCUACUCGGUCAUCUGUCGACAUUUGCCGAAUUUGAUGCGUGAAAUGCACAACGAGCCGGACGAGCUCGCGAUGCUCUACCGUCAGCUUUGGGUGCUCACGGACGCCGUCGUCAAAAGUAUGGCGCAGACGAUGUGCGCCGAAAAGUUGAGCAUGAUCUCGCAACGCGAUCGGUUUCCCGGCGAGCUUUUGGAGCAAAUGGGACAGGUUUUGGAGGUCGGAGUGCCGCAGAUUGUCGGAAAACACAAGGAGAUGAAGGAGGAGAGCCGGUGUGCGAAUCUCGCGUUGGCCUAUUUCACCAGGGUGCGUUGGGGAGGAGCGAGUAUUUACUUGAGCGUUGAAAAACCUUGCGUUUUCUUUUUCCAGUUUGCAAUGAGCUUCGUGGACCGUGGCGUCGUCUUCCGAUGGAUUCAUUUCUACGUCUCCCGACUCGACGACACCGACAACCGAGCCCUGCGCGACUACAAAACGGAUCUGCUGGAAGUGUUGUGUCUGCACGAACAUCACGUUCCGCUCAAUCUUCCGGUGCUCAUCAACGCGGGCAGCCAAAUUCAACGCCUCAAUUACUCGGGCGGAGUGAUAGACACACAGAUGCAGACGACGAAUUGUAAGAGUUCUAGAACAUGCUGAAGAUUCUAUUUUUUUUUCAUUUCAGCCAGUGGUUCCGGAUUCCUUUCGCGAUUCUUCAAUCAAAUAUUCAAUACGCCAACGCUCGAAACCAACGAAACUGAUCGAUGUUCGUACUUAUUUAAAUUUGUUUUUCAAACCUUUUUUUUUAAAUAUAAUUUUAGACGCUUCGUGCGCUGGAGAAUGGCACUUGAGCGCCUCCUUCGCUCAAAAUCACUUCAUCGUCGGCCUUCUCAUGCAAGAAUUGGUGGCGUGCAUACGAGAGACGAAGGACUACCGAAAGAGACCGAUUUCGCUGUUGAGAAAUUUGUUGGCGAAACAUUCGUUUGACAAACGAUAUACGGAUAUGGUAGGCUUACUCUGAAGGCCACUUUUCAACCUCCCUUUCCAGACGACCCAACGCCGAAUCGCAAUGCUCUACGCGCCAGUGCUCACGUUCGCGCUCGACCACCUGCACGAGUUUGAAUCGGAAGAGUAUGAAGACGUGGACGCCACACCUACCGGCUUCCGAUCCUUCACCACCGCCGCGAUCCCGUCGAAAUCGAAGUGGAGAGCCGUGAAUCGCUACGCGGACAACGUCAUCGUGCCCGCCGCGCAAUUCGCCCGCGGCAGUCCCGUCCGUAACUCGAGCCCCGUCCCGUCGGCCACCUCGACCACCUCCCGACCGCCGCAGAUGCCUCCGCCACCUCCGAAAACGGCCACUGCGACGAUGACGAUGACGACGACGGCGACUCCUCUCGUGGAGAAGCUGACUGAGGACGAGAUACAGGAUCUGCUCAUCUGCUGUGUGUUCAUCCUGCAACGAAUGCCCAAAAGAAUUUUGGCGGCGAUUUGGACGGAGAACGAGGGCGCGAACGCGGAGAAGAUGCUGCAACUCUUGGAGCUCAUCGUUGACAUCUUCAGAUAUCGCGGGAAGGAACAGGCGCUGAAGCGGACGGCGGCCAACUCGAAGACCCGCUCGCUGUUCACUCUAAACCUGCCCGCCCGUCUCGCCGCCACCCCGAAUCGAAUGUCGGCCGAAGUGACUCCGGACGAGGACUCGGCCAAUGCAUCAGCCACCAACUCGGUGCCGUUCCGAGUGCUCCAACUCGUGAAUCUAUCACAAGAAGUCGCGUUGAUCGUCUUGGACGUCGCGCAGACGUUCGCCCAUCAGCUGGCCUCCUCGCAACGUCAUCGCUGCUGGCCGCAUUCGGAGAAUCUGUUCGUCGGACUGCUCACGCUCCACCUGCGACUCGCCGACGAACACUGGAGCGAAUCCGUCCGACUGCACGUCAUCGCCGGCCUCGCGCUCUUCGUCAAUCUGUUCCGGGUCCGGCUGUUCGAAGGCGGACCGCUGGAGCCGUUGUACAUGCUCAUCGAGAAGGUGCUCAUUCAGAUGGCCAGCCGAUUGCCGGCUGUGCAGGCCGCCGCCGCCGCGCUCCUUCAGUUGAUACUACGGAAUGGAUACGAGGUGGCUCAGGGCUACUACGCGAGUCAGGCUCUCGCUCACAGCGUCUCCCCGUCUACAUCCAAAACAGCAGCGCCGAGAAAAGGAGUUUCGAGUGAACGGCUCGGCCGCCCGGGCAGCCAGACUGGCGUCGCUCUCGCCCGUCUCCUCGGCUUCCAGUCGGUGCUCUCCAAUUCGGCCGCCUUUGAGCGGGGGCUCGCAGCCGUGGAAGCGCUCGUCGACAACCGAAAGGCAACGUCAUUCGACCUGGCAGUCCUCGAUCUGCUACGUCAGCUGCGCGGAGUGAUGUCGGCAACUGUGGCGCUUAAGGACGCGGCAAACGAUCCGAUCCGACUCGCGGACCUGCAUCUUCAACUCGCCGACAGCUACAGAGGAUCGGCGGCGCUGCGAAGUGCCUGGUUCGACACGUUGGCAGAGCUCUACGAGCAGGAUCGCUGGUUUGCCGAGGCGUCCGUUUGCCACGCCCACUCGGUCGCCAUCAUCGCAAAGGAGUUGGAGGAGAGAAGUGAGCGUUGGAGGGGAUUGCUGAAAGUUCCACAAAAAAAAAUUGAUAAUUCUUUAAAAAUGUUGAAAUCUUCCCGUUUUCAGAAGAAAUCGAGGUAGACUGGCGUGUGUUCGACUGGAUAAACGCGCAAAUCGCUGAGACGGAACAGGCGCGUGGCGACGCCGGAAACGUGCAGCCCGCUGGCUUUACCACCGAAAAUUUGGGCACAAAAAUCGACAAAACCGCCGCGGCGCUGAUGCUCGCCGAACGAUUCGAAGCCGUCGGACCGCUGUACAGACUCAUUGUGCCGGUGCUUGAGAAGAAUAUGAAUUUUACGGUAAAAAUUGGUGGAAUUUCGUAAAGUUCUUAAGAAUUCCCCCCGUUUGCAGUCACUGGUCAGUGUGUACGCGGAACUUCAGCAGACGUACAGUCGAGCCGCCGAAGUGCGGAGCAGCGGAAAACGACAUCUGGGCACGUAUUUCCGAGUUCGAUUCUAUGGAGCAACGCAUUUCAAGUACAGUUUUUUGGCGAUAUUAAAUACAGCCGAAUUCGUGCCUUUUUGCAGACAAGAACACAAUACGGAUUGGAUUUACCGUGAACUGGGACUCACUUCGCUCGCCGCGUUCGCCCUCGACAUCAAGGAGAAAUGUCAGCGGGCAGUUGGCCACGAGCGGGUGCAAAUCGAGGCGAACGAGCACAUGGACCUCACGCGAAUCGACCCCACAGUCGCCUACGUUCAAGUGACCCACGUGGAACCGGUCGAAGCACCCAAGGAGCCGGGACCAGCCGCGCCAGUCAGCGACUUUACGAUCCACACGAACCUCGACGAGUUCUCCUACGAAUGCGCGUCUGUGGAGAACGAGCGGAAAGUGUCGAGGGAGCCGGCGAUCCAUGAGCAAGUGCUCAAGCGAACGGUCCUUCGAGUGGCGGCCGGAGGAUUUCCGGCCACGAGAAGACGUCUGCCGGUCGUCCACGUCGCCCACGAGCAGUUUUCGCCGCUCGAGUUUGCGUGUCAGAAGCUGUCGACGAAAGCGGAGCAGAUUCGGAAGACGCUCGCCGCGGCGGCAAACGGAAGGCGUCUCGACGUGAAAGGACUGCAACUACUGCUCCAGGGCGCCGUGCUGCCCACUGUCAACGCGGGACCACUUGCCUAUGCGGAAGCGUUCACGAAGGACGAGCAGAGGGAAAAGUAUGGGGAGGAGGCGAUUGCGAAGCUGAGGGAGGCGUUCCGAAAUCUGAUGAACGCGUGCCAACUGGCGAUCGAGGCGAACGCCGCCGCGAUCGGAGCCGAUCAGCAGACGUACCACGAAGUACUCGUCUCCUCGUUCGACGCGAUGCACGAGCGACUUCAGACCUUCUUCGGAGCAUCUGUACGCCCAACGUCUUUUUUAGAAUGUUAAUCAUAACUUUUACAGCUGCGCGGAAGUGUCGAACCAGACGGACCGCAAGUGCCUCGCUCGGCAAUGCAUAUUCUCGAUAUGAUGGGAGGAGUCAGAUCAUAA